AAGAAGCACAGGAAGCUGAGCAAGCAGAAAAUAGAAAAGUUUGCCGCCAAACAGAGACUCUGUAUUAUUUGCAAGGUAUAAACACACUGGUAUCCAGAAAUUCCAUCAAGGGACAAGCUUUUCGAUGCAUAAGAAUAAAUAAGUGUCAGUCGAUAGACUGUGUCUUGGAGGAAGCCUGUGCAGAAAGUGAGGUGGACUUUGAGGAUCUUGGACUGCCGAAGGAAAUGACCAUAUGGGUGGAUCCAUUUGAAGUGUGCUGCAGAUAUGGUGAGAAGAAUAGCCCAUUCACAAUUGCAAGCUUUAUGGGUAAAGAAGAUUGUAAUGUGUCAAAGAGAAUUAGCACCGCUGUAGAUAAAGCCAACUCUGACUAUCACUCUGGGACCUCUUCAGAUGAAGAGCCUCCUAUAAAGGAACCAAAGGCCAUUCCUACAGUGAGCAAUCCCAACAGUAUCUACCAGGCACACACGAAGUGUACAGACUACAGUCAGCCUAUGCAAACUUGGUCCCAGUUUCCUCGGAGAAAGAAUUACCCACAUGAUGGGUAUCGCCAGCACCAGACUGCAGGCUACUAUCCUCAGCACAGAGCUUAUAAACCUUACAGACAGUCUGCUGCAUUUGCAGGUCCUCGCCUUGACCGGUAUCACUGGGUAAACACAAGACGCUGACAGUCAUGUUUUAGAAAAUAAUCCUCUGC